AUGCAGCUGGACUUGGCUCUUGUCCCUGCAGAGCCAUCUCAGGUGCGGCUGGUGAACGGCUCCGGCCGCUGCUCAGGGCGGGUGGAGGUUCACCACCAGCAGCAGUGGGGCACAGUCUGUGACGACAGCUGGGACCUGAGGAGUGCUGAGGUGAUCUGCUGGCAGCUGGGCUGUGGGGUGGCCGUGGCAGCCCCUGGCAGGGCUCUCUUUGGGCCGGGACAAGGUCCCAUCUGGCUGGACGACGUCAGCUGCAGCGGGAGUGAAGGUUCCAUCACUGAAUGCAGCUUGAAGCCCUGGGGACACCACAACUGUGAGCACAGUGAAGACGCAGGAGUCAUCUGCUCAGACCCCCCGGAGCUGCGGUUGGUGAAUGGUCCCCACGGCUGCGCCGGGCGCCUGGAGGUGCUGCACGACCAGCAGUGGGGAUCUGUCUGUGACAACAGCUGGGACAUGGAGGAUGCCCAAGUGGUGUGCAGGCAGCUGGGCUGUGGUGCUCCCAUCUCUGCUCCAGGCUGGGCCAGGUUUGGCAGAGGACAUGACCCCAUCUGGCUGGAGACCAUCGGCUGCCAGGGCACGGAGGCCUCCCUGACCGAGUGCAGAGUCCAGGACUGGGGCAUCCACAGCUGCCACCACGGAGAAGAUGCCAGCGUGGUGUGCUCAGACCCCAUGGCUGUGCGCCUGGCCGCCGGCCCCCACCGCUGCGCCGGCAGGGUGGAGGUCCUCCACCAGCAGCAGUGGGGCAGAGUCUGUGCCCAGGGCUGGGACAUGAGCGAUGCCCAGGUGGUGUGCUGGCAGCUGGGCUGUGGCACAGCUCUGGCAGCCCUGGGCUUGGCCAGCUUGGGCCAGGGCCCCAUCUGGUUGGACGCCGUCAGCUGCGUGGGCACCGAGGCUGCCCUGGGACAGUGUGGGGCCAGGCCAGAGGGAGUCCACAACUGCCCCCAUGGAGAGGACGCUGGUGUGGUGUGCUCAGGUAACCCUCCUGAGGUCCGGCUGGUGAAUGGCUCCCACCGCUGCUCGGGGAGGGUUGAGGUUCUGCACAACCAGCACUGGGGAAGUGUCUGUGAUGACCACUGGGACCUGGCUGAUGCAGCAGUGGUCUGCCGGCAGCUGGGCUGUGGGAGGGCCACAGCUGCUCCCCCCAGAGCUCACUUUGGCAUGGGGCAGGAACCCAUCUGGCUGGACGACGUCAACUGCACUGGCACUGAGGUUGCCCUCUCCCAGUGCAGGGCCAGGCCCUGGGGAGAGAGUAACUGCAACCAUGGGGAAGAUGCCAGCGUGGUGUGCCAGGGCUCUCCCCCGACCGCCAGCCCCCCGCAGCCUCUCCCACUGCUCCCCCUGCUGGUCGCUGGCGUCCUUGCAGCCUCGCUGCUGCUCUGUGGGGCUCUGCUGUACUGGAGGAGGCAGCGGCAGGUGGGGAGCAGAGCUUUGAACAACCCCCUGGGUUUUGUGCACAUGGAGGAGCUGCUGCUCUCCCACACCUCCAUCUCAACUUCUGGAGAAGAGCUGGGGGCAGCCAGGGAGGCUCCUGCUGGAGAUGCCAACAAGAAGAGAGCUCAGGAGAGCUCCUGA